UCAGGGAGCUCCUCCAGCCGGACGCCAUUUUGUCAGUUUACAGCCGCGGUGGUUGGGGUAUCCUGCUGGCCGCUGGCUGGAACCUGUUGCUCCGUAGUUCCGUGUUGUGCAAUGGACGGCAGUGUCCACCAAGAUAUAACAGUUGGUACUAAGAGAGGAUCUGACGAGCUUUUCUCCAGCAUCUCAAACGGCCCGUAUAUCAUGAGCACCACAGCCAAUGGCAACGACAGUAAGAAGUUCAAAGGUGACAUAAGAGGUCCCGGGGUGCCGUCCAGGGUCCUCCACAUUCGCAAGCUUCCCAACGACAUCGCAGAGACGGAGGUGAUCAGCCUCGGGCUGCCCUUUGGAGACGUCACCAACCUGCUGAUGCUCAAAGCCAAGAACCAGGCGUUCUUAGAGAUGAACUCAGAGGAAGCAGCUCAGAACAUGGUGGGUUAUUACUCCACAGUGAUGCCCGUCAUCAGGAACCACCCUGUCUACGUCCAGUUCUCCAACCACAAAGAGCUCAAGACCGACAACUCCCCCAACCAGGAGAGGGCCCAGGCAGCUCUUCGGGCCCUCAGUACGUCUCAUGUGGACACGGCUGUGGCAGCCCCGAGUUCGGUGCUGAGGGUGGUGGUGGAAAACCUGGUGUACCCCGUCUCCUUGGACGCCCUCUGCCAGAUCUUCUCAAAGUUCGGCACAGUGCUGAGGAUCAUCGUCUUCACUAAGAACAGUCAGUUCCAGGCUCUGCUUCAGUAUCCGGAUGGAGCAUCUGCCCAGGCAGCUAAACUGUCUCUAGACGGACAGAACAUCUACAACGGCUGCUGCACCCUGAGGAUUAGCUUCUCCAAACUCACCAGCCUCAACGUCAAAUACAACAAUGAGAAGAGCCGCGACUUCACCAGGCCUGACCUGCCCUCCGGAGACAGCCAGCCCACCAUGGAGCACCCAGCCAUGGCUACAGCCUUUACUCCAGGUAUCAUCUCAGCGGCUCCAUACGGAGGAGCCACUCACGCCUUCCCACCAGCCUUCACUAUCCAACCUGCAGUGUCCUUCCCCUAUCCAGGCCUGACGGUCCCCGCUCUGCCCGGAGGCCUGGCCUCUCUGUCCCUCCCCGGGGCCACCAGGCUGGGAUUCCCCCCCCUCCCUGCUGGAGUCUGUGUCCUGCUGAUCAGUAACCUCAACCCCGAGAGAGUUACGCCCCACUGCCUCUUUAUUCUCUUCGGUGUUUAUGGCGACGUGAUGAGGGUGAAGAUUCUGUUCAACAAGAAGGAGAACGCUCUGGUUCAGAUGUCUGACAGCACACAGGCUCAGCUAGCUAUGAGCCACCUGAGCGGCCAGCAGCUGCACGGGAAGUCACUGCGCAUCACGCUGUCCAAACACACCAGCGUCCAGCUUCCCCGCGAAGGCCACGAGGACCAGGGCCUGACCAAAGACUACAGCAACUCCCCCCUGCACCGCUUCAAGAAGCCCGGCUCCAAAAACUACAGCAACAUCUUCCCACCAUCUGCCACUUUACACCUCUCCAACAUCCCCCCAUCUGUGGUUGAGGACGAUCUCAAGAUGUUGUUUUCCAGCUCAGGAGCUGUGGUCAAGGCCUUCAAGUUCUUCCAGAAAGACCACAAGAUGGCUCUGAUACAGAUGGGCUCAGUGGAGGAGGCCAUCGAGUGCCUCAUCGAGUUCCACAACCACGACCUGGGAGAGAACCACCACCUGAGAGUGUCCUUCUCCAAGUCCUCCAUCUGAGCCUCAGACUCCGCCGUCUGAAUCCUUCACGCUCCUGCGAGAGCGGCCUGGAUGGUGUCCACUACACUCCGAUCAUUCCAACGCAUGCCUGCAGAAAACCACCGUGAAGUCUGGUGUGACAUUAAAUUAUUUUUUUAAAGCUCAUUUUUAGGUUGUUUGCCUUCAGAGAGGAUUAGUUCUGAGAUAACUGGAGGAAGUCAGAAUUCUGCAUUUAAUCUCAGAAGUGGGGGAUAAAGUCAGUAUUCUGAGUUUGUCGGGAUUUUAUGGAAUAAGACAAUAUCCUCAGAUUAUAAUCAGAAUCCAGAUUGUAAUCGCGUUUAUAUAUUUGUGUCCUUGUUGAAGUUGAAAUCUUUUAGCCACUCUGCCUUUUGACUUUAAUCCCAGAAUCCAGAGACGGCCUUCUGAACUCCUCCUGAACUUCUGACUUUAUUAACUCAGAAUUAUCUCUAAAUUCCCGAAUGAUAAUAUUUUUCCUGUGGUUCUAACUCUUCUCUGCAGUGACACCUGAGUCUCGGCUCAGUAUCGGCUCUGACAACUUUUGGGAACUCAUUAAUUUACACUCACUGUCAGAUGUUAGUCUGGGCCUCGUUAAGAAAGGCUUGGUUUGGCCUUCAGAUCCCUGUGCCUUAUUCCUGGAGUCAGCAUGACUGACGUGUUAAAAAAUCUCCCAUCAUGCCUCUGUAAGUUAUCAAAGAGCAGGUUUACAGUUGCUGAGUUUACUGUUGAUGUAUUAAGGAUGUAUCACAUGUUCUGUGUAUUUUACUGGUGUUGUUCCUCGGUUAGCGUUUUGUACUGCUGGUUACUGUAGCGUCAAACAUGUGAAGUGGUUCUGUUGUAGCGGUGUGCUGGGUCUCUAGUCGUAGAUGAAAUUCUCUUUUUAUCUAUUCCUUUUUGAUUUCUUUAUUUCCAUGUAUGCAAUCACGUUUUAUUCAAAUCAAAUAUUGUAGCAAUAUUUUAAUCAUUCCUGAACUUUUAUUUGUGGGUGUUUCUGGUGUCUCGGUGAGCUCAGCGGUUCUUCUCGCCGCUCCGCUGCCGUUUACGAUCCGGACGAAUGUUGUUCUGUUUGUCAUGUUUUGCUGGAUGUGUGAAUCCAGAUGUUGCUCGUGUUGCUUCUCUGAACGGUUUUAUUUAUAAGUUUGUGAUCCACUACAGCUGAAACCAAAAACGGCCUUUAGAUGCAAACCAAUCCACCUGCCUCAGGUCUCUGGUUUUUAAGGACUAAAUCAACAACAGGAUGGUGAACUGGUUUAGACGUUGCUGGUGUUUUCCUUUAGGAAUGUCUUCAUUAAUCUCUCGACCGCUCCACUGGAUUAAGCCCACCGGUGUGACUUCAGUCUCUAUUGUAAAACCAGAUGUAAUGUGGAGUGCCUUCAACGCAGCGCAGAGUCAUACAUCAGGUAUUAAUUCCUCUUAAUUCUGAGACGAAAGUUUGACGGAGGAGAAGCCGUCAGAAACCAGAAGACGCUGGUUUGGUUUAUCUGUGUGUCUUAAUAUUAUUACGCCGACAUUCCAGCCGCUCAGACGUCCACCUGAACUUUCCUCUAGAGGAGCUGCUGGGGGUUUGACAGCCAUGGUGCAUUCAAGACACCUGGGAGGUUUUGAAACUAGAUGGAAAGAUGAAAUGUACUCUUCUGUUUCCCAGUCCAGGCUCAGCAAACAGCAAACCUGCUGCCCGAGUUUAGACAAAACUCCUCUGUGGUUCUCUGAAGUCUCUGAAACACGCUGUGAUUCUGGUCUGAUGUCAAACAGUGUUAGAGAAACAUGGUGACAGAGGACCAACCAACCAAUCAGAGCGCAGCAGGAGAUGAUGCACUCAUACUCACAGAGUAACUUCAUCCACUGUAAACUCCUUUGUUUUAGAUAAUGUAAUAAAUGAAGAGCUGUUGGUCCGGAGCGGUUGCUGUUUCUCUGCCAGCUCGUAUCUUUUAUCGCUGCGCCAAUUGUUUCUUUCUAUAAAAUCUUCACACGUCAACUUCAGAAGGAUUUAGUCAGAUUUUAAUUUACAAGGCAAAUGUUAAUUUGAGCUCUGUGAUAAAUGACACUGGUCUUCUGGACGUCUUCAUCACCUGAAGUGGACCAAUGAAAAAGCUCCUGCUGGAUGUAAAUAUUAAAUAUUUAUUUUCAUUUCAGAAGGUUCAGUUGUGUCUGUCAGAAGUCAGAGUCCAGACACAUUCAUCACUACAGGAGGGACACAAGUUUACCCUUGGACAGGUUUUCCCAGAUGACUUGAAUGCAUCACAGACCUUCAGUGUCGGGUGAGGCGGGUGAGGCGGGUGAAGCUGGGACCAGUGAGUCAGUGACAGGUGGAGGGUGGGGGGGUGUUGAACUGUACAUACGUGUUUUAUACCACAGUGACGUGUCUGAGAGCUGCGUGUUGGUUUUAUAUCUGAUGAAACGUGUAUAUUUUGAUCCGUGUGGACCGGUUCUGAGCCUUACACUGUUUGUGUCACAAAGAAAAAAAAAACAGAUUAAAUCACUUUUUAUCUAAAACCA